AUGUCUCUCGUGUCUUCGCAGGAAUUGACCCUGGAGCAGACCCUGAAGCUCCAGGAAUUAGUAGAGGCCGUGCCGCAGAUCUUGGCCGAAACAGACCACCCUGAAUACGACGAAAUCUAUGGAUACCGGAUUGGAAUUGACGGCGCAGAUCACGUGGAUACCGCUAUUAGAAACGAGAUCUUGCUCAAGUUUUUGAUUGCCACAGACUACGAUGUGGCAGCGGCACAACAGAAGGUGGUUAACACAUUGAAUUGGCGUAGGGAGUUUCAAGUCUUGAGUGCCGCCUACUACGAGAAAUUUGACGCCGGGCUCGAGAAGAUGGGUGUCAUUACCGAGUAUCCUGGAAAUGCCGACAAUUUCCGUGUGGUGACGUGGAACUUGUAUGCAAACUUAAAGAACCCCAAGAAGCUCUUUGCCAAAUACGGUGUUGGCGUUACGGAUGACGGCUCAGCGGCUGCGGAGAAUGACAAAAACAGUGUUCCUGGAACAAUGUUUUUGCGUUGGAGAGUAGGGCUCAUGGAGCGUUCUUUAUCUUUACUUGACUUCACUAACAAGGACAACAACAAGGCAGCGCAGGUGCACGACUAUUACAACGUGUCAAUGUUCCGCAUGGACCCUGGCAUGAAGGCCGCCACCAAGGAGAUUAUCCAGGUGUUUGGCGACAAUUAUCCCGAGGUUCUUUCGAAAAAAUACUUCAUCAAUGUGCCUUUGCUUAUGGGGUGGAUUUUCACCUUUUUUAAGGCAACGGGCUUGAUGAGCGCCGCUACAAUCAAAAAGUUCGAGAUGCAAAACCAUGGUGACUUGAGCACGUCUUUUGGCAAAGAUAAUUUGCCCAAAGAGUAUAACGGCGGGCACGAGAACAAGGCCGUGCCUGACAUUUUUGCUCUCGCUACCGUUGAUUCUAAAAUUGUUGUUCCCGAGUACGGUGCUAUUUUGUUGCAGAAACUCAAGGAUAAGUCCAGUCAAGAAGCUUCAAGUGCGACGAGAGAUACCGAGGUUGCGGAGGAGAUUACUAAUGCAGCCUAA